AUGCUCGCCCGCGCCGCCCGCCUGACCUCUCGCGCUGCCUUCUUGCGCCGUGGCUUUGCCACGUACCCCGCCCACGAGCUCGUGGGUCUGCCCGCGCUCUCGCCGACGAUGGAGCAGGGCAACCUCGCCAAGUGGAACAUGAAGGAAGGCGACGCCAUCUCGGCCGGCGACAUCAUUUGCCAGAUCGAGACGGACAAGGCCAUCGUCGACUACGAAGCCCAGGACGAUAUGUUCCUCGCGCGCAUCUUGGUGCCGGAGGGUGCGGAAGGCAUCAACGUCGGCCAGCCCAUCAUGAUCACGGUCGAAGACGCCGGCGAUGUCGGCGCAUUCGCCAACUACGUCGUGGAUGCGGCGGCGGUCCCGGCGCCGGCGCCCAAGUCGCCGGAGGAGAUCCCGCCCAAGAAGGAAGAGGUCAAGGUCGACCCGGCGACGAAUGCCCCGGUCGCCCCCGCCGACUUUUUGGUCACGUCGCAAGUCCCGCAGAAGACCGUGCCAGGCCCGGCGAUCCCGGCGCCGGUCGCGACGCCUGCGCCGACGCCUGCCCCCAAGGCUGCGCCGGUUGCUGCGCCCGUCGUCGCGAGUGCUUUGGCUUCGUUCGACAAGUGGGGCCGUGGCAUCCAGCAGAGCCCGAUCUCGAACAGCAUGCUCGUGCGCCAGAAGGC